CUCUCUUUUUUCUUUUUCUUUUUCGUAAGAAUAGGUGUGGACGUUGUUGGAUAUAUGAUAUAAUCUCAUUCGAACAUUGUAUUCGUAGAGUUUUCAAAAAAAAUAUCCUCGGUUUCUUUUAUUCUUUUGAAGUCAACUUGGGUUGGAUCCUUUGGAGUAUUUAACUACGGAGCGAUAUCUUUGAUGGGGUGCUUCUGCUAGCUUCACUUUCUGCUUCCUGUUUGUAUUUUGCCUCAUCAAAGGGGCAACGAUGGGUACUGUUAUUGAAGAUGACUCAUUUACCAUGAUGGGUACUGUUAUUGAAGAAGAUGACUCAUUUACCAAGGUCCUAGGCAGAUGGCCUAUCUUUUACUAUGGCAUGGGACACAUGCUUAAUGACAUAACUGCUGCUUGUUGGUUCACCUAUCUAUUAUUGUUCUUGACAGAUAUUGGACUUUCACCAAGGGAUGCAGCUACUGUGAUGCUUUCAGGUCAAGUGGCCGAUGGAUUUGCCACUGUAUUUGUUGGUGAACUGAUAGACAGGUUUGGGCAUUUCAAGAUAUGGCAUGGUGCUGGAUCUGUAUUGGUGGCUGUUUCAUUUUCUUCUGUUUUUGGUGGUUGUCUACCUUGUAAAAUUUCAUCUUCCAAUUCAACUACUUUCGAAACUGUGAGUUACAGUGUGUUCGCUGCAAUCUUCAAUGUGGGCUGGGCUGCUACUCAGGUUUCACACAUGUCCAUGGUGAGUUGCAUCACACUGAACUCUACAAGCAGAGUGGCACUGGCUAGCUGUCGCAAUGCUUUUACCAUGGUGGCCAACCUGAGCCUAUAUGCAGUUGCGUUUAUAGUAUUCAGUGUCAUCAGUGGAAAAACAUAUGCUGAUGUUGAAAAUCAGUACCGCUGGAUUGCGUAUGUGUCAAUUUUUAUUGGAUGCUGCUUUGUAGGCAUAUUUCAUCUUGCAACCAAAGAGCCCAGACUGAAGGUGGGAGUACAUGGAAAGGCUCAUGCAAGGAUUUCAUGGGUUUACUGGUUCAAGAGAGUUUUGUAUUAUCAGGUUGCUCUUGUUUAUGUUCUAACGAGAUUAGUUCUCAAUGUUUCACAGGCAUACCUUGCUUUCUUUGUUAUCAAUGACCUACAAAUGGCUCAAUCAGCCAAAGCUUUGGUUCCUGCCAUCAUAUACAUCUGCAGCUUCGUCGUAUCCAUUGCAUUACAGGAGAUUGCAUGGACUGGCCAACUGCUUAAGGCCUACUACUCUGCUGGAUGCAUUCUUUGGAUUUUUUGUGGAGGAGUGAUCCUUCUUUUAAAUAGAGACAUGAGUUAUGUCAUGUACAUAGCAUCAGUAUUUAUUGGCAUAGCAAAUGCUCUCAUAAUGGUGACUGGAAUAAGCAUGCAAAAUUUUCUCAUUGGAGAGAACCUUAAUGGCUGUGCAUUUGUUGUUGGAUCAUUGAGCUUUUUGGACAAAAUCUCAUGUGGGCUUGCUUUAUAUGUUCUUCAGUCAUAUCAAGAUGUCUCUCCACCUCUCCAGACAACACAAUCAUUCCUUUCAGUUACAAGGUUUGGUUUGGGUCUUGUUCCUGCAAUUUGUGCACUACUUGGGGUGAUAGUAACAUGCACCAUGGAUUUCCAUAAUCCUUCCAAGUCUUUGACAGCACCACUAUUAGUCUAGUUGUGUUGAUGAAUAGAAUUAUUCUGCCUUCUCUAACAUACAAGGUAUGGACCACAGAAAAAUUCAAUCCCUUAAUUAAUCGUGAAAGUUUACACAUUUUUUAGCAAGUCAAGAAUUUCAAGCCGGGGUUUAUAGUUUGUAUAUUUAUCAAGUUUUCUUUAAUUAGAACUAAUAUGAAGUAAAAUGUAUACAAAGUAUACACAUUUGAUUAGAAUGUGUACAAUAUCAAUUUCAUUAAAACUAUGUUAGUGACACUGAAUUAGUGAAUUAUGUAUCAGUUCAAAUCUUAUUGUAGAAAGUAUGACUGAUCGGUCAUAUA